GUUGCCGAAUACAUGCCAACACUAAGAUAUCACAACACUUCUCAUGUAGGUGGUGUUGGCCAUACUGCUAAGUGCAUCAUGGAUCCAAAAAAGGUACUGAUAAUGAACGUACAUUAUCCAGAUAAAUUCUAUAACGAUUAUUUUCUUUAUGCACUGGAGCCAGAAAUUGCUGUAGUAAGACACUAUCGUGACCUUGCGCUCGGUGCUUGGGGUCAAAUAUGGCUAAGAGAAGUGGAAAAGAUGGGCAACUUCUCUAUGACCAACUAUCCGACAAGAUGGAGAAACGAUUUGCGAAAAAGUGUGCAGCAACGAUUGCGCUAUGUCUACGGUAAUAAGCGAUGA